CAGCUGUCUGCACGUGAUGCUGUAAGUUACAAUACGGUUUACGUUCUGCAAAUUGGCCGGGCCUGUCGCCCUGUCGCCCUGGUUGCCAGUCCGCCUUCAGUCCAGCCCUUGCUUUCAAGUCUUUCCAUCUCCAAUUCUCUUGGAAGGAGAACGGCCACCGUUUCAUCACUUCCAUCCUCACCUUCUCGCCCUUUCAUCUCCAUCCAUACUGUCGCUUGAUUCCCCUCCUCGGAUGGACUAACACGGGACCACGGUCGCCCUCUACUGUCCUUUCAAGGUCCCCCUCGGUGCAGUCUCUCCUCGACUCCUCGCCGACCGCCCCCGUCUUUCUCUCGAAAUCUUCGCGAUCUCCGAGAACACGCUCCGCGUUCGCUCCGCGACCACCCACCCCUCCCUCUUCUCCCCCGCCCACCACCACCACCGCCACCACCACCAUCGUGGCCCCAAUCCCCAAAGUGCUUACUUCCAGUGGCCGACCGGGCGGGCCAUGGGGGAUGCCUCCUCUGUCGGCUUAUACUCCGUUUGAGUCUUUACUCUUCUUUCAAUCUCUUGCGACCUCCGAUGUGCGCCCGGCCAGUUUUGCGACCAUCUCGACACGACUGAGCAAUAAUCCACUCGUACGACAGAAUGUAGCCUUUAGCGCCGAUCGCCUCAGCCCUGAGGCUUUAGAGGAUCUUUAUGCGACGCUAUUACGCGACGGCUUCGAUCGCGACAGCGUAUCCCUUGGCGCAAAUGGACGACCUACGGAGAGCUCUAGCUCCAACCCGAAGAAACGCAAGAUUUCUAGCCCGCGCCCGGAUGGGCUAGCUGACCGGCUGUCCCAUGCAGUUCUGGUUCCGGAACUCGUCGCUCACCUCUACGCGCGGUAUAAGGAGCUUGUGACGAAGGAGAUUAGGGACGACGAGAAGCAAUACACGGACAUCACGAUCGAAAUUGAGCGUCUUCAGAGGGAGGAUACCACAACGGCGCCACCGACUGCGAAGGGGGCCGGCGUGCCCCCAGCUACAAAGUUAGAGCGUCGCGAAUCCAUCGAUAUUGACGUCAAGCAAGAAACCCCCCGGCAGGAACGUCCCGACAAAACAGCUCCUCUCGCAAAACAAGCUCAAACGGUUCAGCCUGUCCCGCAGGGAGUCCGGCCAGAACCAGGUCAGCCUCAAGAAAUCCCCCGUCCGCCAGUGCCAGUUGGAUUGCCUGGACCUCAACCACAUCAGCCUCAAGCCCAACCCUCCCCGGUGAAGGCUGGCCAGCCACUACAACCACAGACGGUCACUCGCCAAGAUGUACCACAUCCCCCACCUCAGCCAGCACUUGCACCGCGAGCCCAACAGCCAGGCCCUUCAACGCCCGCAGCAGCACGAGUGGCACCACCGCAUCCCUCACAAGUUGCACCGAGACCUAAUGUCCCGGUGGCUACACCCAUAGCCCCAGGCAAAGCUAAUAUCCCUGUAUCCGCCUCUCAACAGCCCACUCCGACACAGUCAAGCUUCCAGCAAUGGCAGCUUGAAGCACCCCCGCACUCGCCUUAUUCCACAACCUCUCCCGCCACCGCUAUCCCCCACCCUAGUACGACGCCCGCCAAACCGCCAGUUCCCUCCUCACAGGCUCCGUCAAGGACCCACUCAAAGGCUUCCAUUUCCUCAGCCGUUCCGAACACCCCAAGUGCACAAAGUCCAGCAGUUCAAACCCCGGUGCCCGUAGGGUACCCGCGCAUCUCACAGACACCGAAUGUCGUGAUUCCUGCGUACUCCGAGUCUCGUGGAUCGCGCCCGCGAUUAUCUAUUGAUACCCCGGGAUCGUCUACGCCAUGGAAGAGAACCCCGCGUCUGAGCAUCCCGGAAUCACCUGCAUCACCUGCACGGCCCCGGCCGGAGGACGUAAGCCCGAUCAGUGAAAGGGCACCUUCACCCGAUGCUAUGGAUAUUUCACCGCCUCGAGAGAAGAAAACCACUCGUCGCAGCCAGGCAACCACGGUAGAAAGUAAGGGCACGCCGAAUAUCAAGGUUGAGAAAGGCAUUACUACCAGGAGGAAGCGCGCUAUCAGUUCUGCUUCCACCCAGAGCCAAGGACGCUCAAUCGCUUCGAGAGAGGAAUCGCCCGAUCCUUCUAGGUCUGCCACACGCCGAAAGGGACCCGCCGCAGUUCUGGAUGAUCAGACUCCCAAGGCACGAUCAAAACGCAAGCGUGGUCUCAGCGAGUCCUUCGAUCAUGAAACCAUUGUUACGGAACAACCCAAGAUCGAUACUACUAAAUACGUUCUUUGUGCACGAGGUUUCCAUAGGACAGCCGCUCCUAUAAUGAACGACGUCACGACCCACAAGCUUGCCUCGAUCUUUGCCAAGCCAUUGGGUGAACGUGAUGCACCGGGCUAUCACGAUCUCAUCUACCGUCCCCAGGAUCUCAAGUCCAUCAAGUCGGCAGUUCAUCAAGGCAGCAAAGCCGUUGCUGCUGCAACCGAGGCCGUCAGCACACCAGCGGGCGACGGUGAAUCUCCAGUGCCAGGCGCAGGUACACCAUCUAAGAACAAUAUGCUCAUGUUGCAAAAGACCGAAGACCUCAUACCUCCAAAGGGUAUCGUGAAUUCUGCACAGCUGGAGAAGGAGCUUAUUCGCAUGUUUGCCAAUGCAAUCAUGUUCAACCCCGUCCCGGCGCGAGGAUUUGGUCCAGCCUUCCCGAUGAUGAACGAGCGUGGUUCCCGCGAGAGUACACAGUCGGGUGACGGGGACGAGGGUGGGAUCAUCCAAGAUUCGAUUGAGAUGUUUGAGGAUGUCGAACAGGCCGUGACUCAUUGGCGUCAAGCGGAACGUACUGCUGAGCGUAAUGCCGAUGAUUUAGCCAAUAAGAACGUGCUUGCUUUGCGGCGUGGCAGCGUCAGUGAUCUCAAUACUGACAGCGCGGACGACGUCAAAGGCCUUCAGCGGCCUAGCAGUGGAUUUCAGACGAUUCUCCUACUAGCUUUUGACAAUUUCUCUGCUUGGUGUAAUGUCAUCUCACCAAAAGCAGAGUCCACCACGAUUUUCUAUGGAAAUAAGAUACACAUCACUCAGCCUUAACCAAAUACCGCGCCGCAUACUCAACCCCAGCCUCAUACCCAUAAACCCCCAAUCCAACAAUACAAGCCACAGCCUUAUCCGACAAAUGACUGACAUGUCUAAACGCCUCCCUCGUAUGCACAUUCGUAAUAUGGAUCUCAAUAAACGGAAUCGACACCCCGAUCAACGCAUCGCGAAUCGCAACGCUAGUAUGCGUCAACGCUCCCGCAUUUAUCAGGACGGCAUCGAAUUUGCCUCGCGCGGCAUGUAUACGAUCUAUGAUCGCGCCCUCAUGGUUUGAUUGAAAUGCUUCCAGGUGGAUUCCCUUGGAAGAGGCGAGGGAUUUGGUCGUUGUUUCGACGUCGGUUAGGGUUGUUGUGCCGUAAAGAUGGGGUUCGCGGGUCCCCAGGAGGUUUAGGUUGGGACCGUUGAUGAGGAGGAUUCCUGGCAUUUUGAAGGUGGAGAGUGG